AUGCCUCACGCGGACUCCUCCUACUUCGGGUCAGCCAACGGCUCCAAAGCCGAUAUCUACACCCAGGUCAUCCAGCAAGCUCAGGGCCUUGUCACAGGCCAGCGCAACUGGGUCAGUAAUCUCUCCAACGUCGCCUCUCUACUCUGGCAUGCCUACGCUGCUCUCCCCGCCCCUUCGUCGUCCGUUAACUGGGCUGGCUUCUACAUCCGUCGCGAUAAAUUCCCAUCCUCCAACGCCCCUACAGAAACCGGUGCCACGCCGGUAACAAACACCCUCUGGCUUGGUCCCUUCCAGGGUCGGCCGGCGUGUCAGGAGAUCCGGUUCGGCCGUGGUGUAUGCGGCGCGGCGGCGGAGAAGCGCGAGACGGUUGUUGUUCCCGACGUGCUGGAGUUCCCUGGACACAUUGCCUGCGAUGCCAGCAGCAGGAGUGAGAUUGUAGUGCCGAUUUUGGUGGGUGGGGAGACUGUCGCAAUUAUUGAUAUAGAUUGCACGGAGCCGUCGGGUUUUGAUGACGAGGAUAAGAAGUACCUCGAGGAACUGGCUUCGCUUCUUUCGACGAGCUGUGAUUGGUAG